CGGGACGGACGCGUUUCCUCCGCUCCUGCAAUUGGCCUGAGGCUGCCCGCGCCCGCGUUAUAAGGUGCGGAGGGCGGCCGGCCGCGCUCGUCCCGCACCAUGGCGCUGAGCGACACCGCCCUGCCCUCCUUCGCCACCUUCGCCAGCCCCUGCCGCGAGAAAGCCCUGCACGAAAGGUGGAAGUGUGAGCAGGAGGCCAAGACCCCCGCCGGCACCUGGGGCGGCCUCUCCCCGCGCAAAGAGGAUGAGGAUCUCAACAACGUGCUGGAUUUUAUCCUUUCCAUGGGCAGCGACGGCUACGGCCAGGGCGCUGCCGGCGGGGAUUAUCCCCCUGCCCAAGGAGAAAGCGGUGGCUUUUACCAGACAAACCCGUCCCCGGGAUGCUACAAUGCCCUGGAGCAGGGCAGCCCCCCGCCCUACAACGCCGGCAUCGUGCCGGAGAUGAUGCGUUCCGAGAUGGACUCCAACUACUGCCCUUCUGGCAGCGUCCACGGCCGCUUCUUUGUGACGCCCACCUUCGGGGGCCCGCAGUUCGUUGAGAACAUUAAGCCCGAGCCCGACAUGGACAAUUAUGGACCGGUCCUGGGUCUGGUGCCCCAGGCUUGCCCGAAGAUCAAGCAGGAGGGGAACGCGACCUGCAUGAUGGCCUACGAGCAGCCCCGGGUGGCCAGUUCCCCGCAGAUCCCCGGGGCAGAGACGCCCCCGCUGAGCCCCGACGAUCUCGUGGUGAACGAGUGCCACACGCAGAUGAUGUGCCCCUCGUCCGUGCCCUACCAGCAGAGUUACCACCCGGCCUCCGGCUUCCACCACCCGCAGACCCACCUCCAGUACCAGAACACCUCCCAGUUUGGCCUUUUCGAGGACAGCCUGCCCUUACAGCCCUCGGCUCCCAGGGGGAUGCUUACCCCUCCUUCAUCCCCUCUGGAGCUGCUGGACUCCAAACCAAAGCGGGGACGCCGGUCGUGGCCGAGGAAGAGGACGGCCACUCACACGUGCAGCUAUGCUGGCUGUGGGAAGACCUACACCAAGAGCUCCCACCUGAAGGCGCACCUCAGGACACACACAGGUGAAAAGCCCUACCACUGCAACUGGGAAGGCUGCGGCUGGAAGUUCGCCCGCUCCGACGAGCUCACCCGCCACUACCGCAAGCACACGGGCCACCGGCCCUUCCAGUGCCACCUCUGCGACAGAGCCUUCUCCAGGUCAGACCACCUGGCUCUGCACAUGAAGAGGCACAUGUAGCCCCAGGGAGCCUGCCCUGCCCGCUGUGGACUUGACUGAACUGCUCAGGUGCAGAAGAGUUCAAAAAUCUGUAGCUGGUACUACAUAAGGGAGGCACCGACAGACCGAGCGACGCUCCAGGACGGACACACAGACACACACACGGAGGAUGUGACACGAGGAGGCUCAGCCAAAAUUCCUGCAGGGAAUUCCUGCCUGAGUCAGUGACCUGCCCGUCCCGGUCAGGAGAACAGGGGUUAAUUUAUGCAGCUUCUGUGAAGGGUAAACUCCAUAAGACUCCAUACAGAUUGUAUAGAAGAAGCUGUAAAUAUGUUGUUUGUUUUUUUUUCCCAAUUCUAACUGCCCAUUCCUAAGCUUUACAAGACAAUGUUUGUAUGGAAACUGCCUGAAGUUGACCCUAGAAGAGGUAAAAUGAAUGUUACUGUAGCUAACGAUGUUAGUUUAGAUCUCAGUUGAAGGCAUGGCUAAGAGAACACUCCUCUUGUUAGACUGUUUGGUUCACAGGUGCAAUAGUAUUCUUGUUUGCCAUGAUCUACACUAGAAGUACAGGGCUUGAUGUCUUGUAAGAAAAUAACCUAUUUACUGUAAUUUUUUUAUAUAUUGUAAAUAAUUUUAUACAAUGAGAAAUAUUGUAUAUGUAAAUAGAAGACAAAUAGGUAUUUUGCCUAUUUUCUGUUUUUAUAAAAACAUAAUUUUUCAAUGUUUGAAAACAUUUCAUCUUUUUAAUAAAAUAAGAUUUUAAUUGCUGUGA